UAACAGUGCUUUUUGAGGGCUAUUCUCUCUCUCUUUCUUUUUCUCUCUCUUAUCUGUUCUGGAAAAAUACAAGUGCAUACUUUUUUACAGUUACUGUCUGGCUGUCUGACCAAAGAUUGGCAUCAUGCACACCAAGGAAAACUCAUGUUGCUGUUCCUUUGAUGACUGCAAACUGACUACAGAAUGGCUGAUGAGCAGUACGAGACACCGGCCAAAGAUUGCUAUUGUGUGUGGAUCUGGACUGGGCCUCCUCGCAGACAGUGUCUCCAACAAACAGACCUUCCGCUAUGAGGACAUUCCCAAUUUCCCAGUGAGCACAGUUCCUGGUCAUGAAGGGUGCCUGGUGUUUGGUCAAUUGAAAGGAAAGUCCUGUGUCUUCAUGCAGGGAAGGUUCCAUCUCUAUGAGGGUUACUCACUGUGUAAGGUCACAUUCCCUGUGCGGAUCUUCAAGCUGAUGGGUGUGGAGACCAUUAUCGUAACAAAUGCCUCUGGAGGUCUUUGUCAGGAUUUCAAAGUUGGAGACAUCAUGGUCAUUAAGGACCACAUUAACUUGCCGGGGUUUGCUGGACAGCACCCACUGUGUGGACCCAAUGAUGAACGGUUUGGCAUACGGUUUCCUUGCAUGUCUGAUGCUUACAGCAAAGAUCUGAGGAAGCUUGCUUUAGACAUCACUGCUGAGCUGGGCUACUCCAAUUUUGUGCGGGAAGGGGUUUACUGUAUGGUUAGUGGACCCAACUUUGAGACCAUCGCUGAAGCGCGCAUGCUGCAAAUCUUAGGGAGCGACUCUGUGGGUAUGAGCACGGUUCCUGAGGUGACAGUAGCCAAGCAUUGCGGACUGAGGGUCAUGGGCCUCUCACUCAUCACCAACAAGGUUUCUAUGGACUACAGUCGUGAGGAGAAGGUCAAUCAUGAGGAGGUACUGCAGAUCAGUAAGAUGAGAGCUGAGAUGCUUCAAAAUGUACUUGUAACCUUCAUCGCUCGCUUGCACCAAGUGGAGAACAUGAACAACAACUGCAUCUACUCAAAUGCUGUGCAGGAUCAAUCAGGCCAACUGAAUUAAGGGCAAUGUGGAUGCCAUGUAAUUUUAUGGAUCUUAUGGGUUCCAUAUAUUGUUCAAUCUGUAUUUAUCUGCAGUGUAUGUGGUUGGUUGAAAGUCUCCAGUAGAUCCAAUGGCAGACCUCAUGGUGCCUUUAAGAAAAAUUUGAAUAUUAUCUCCAAAUUGUAAUUGUUACUCUGCUGAAAAAACUAACAAAAACAAAAACAGCCUAAAAUGGUAAGCUGGUCUCCAAGUCUGUCCAAGCUGGUUAAAUUGGUUUAUUUUUAUGUUUUUAGAGAGGUUUUUGGCACAUGUCAAAUGCUCAGGCUGGGAGAAAAGAUGGACGACCAGAUUAACCCAGCUAAACCAUCUGGGAGACCAGAUUAAUCUAGAUUAACCGGGGGCCUGGGUAGCUCAGCAAGCAGAGACGCUGACUACCACACCUGCAGUCGCAAGUUUGAAUCCAGGACAUGCUGAGUUACUCCAGUCAGGCUUCCUAAGCAAGCAGUUGGCCUGGUUGCUAGGGUGGGUAUAGUCACGUUGGGUUAACCUCCUCAUUGUCGCUAUAAUAUGGUUCUCCGCGGUAACACGCUCAACAAGCCACGUGAUAAAAUGUGCGGAUUGAGGAAACUGAGAUUCAUCCUCCGACACCUGGAUUGAGGUGAGCCACUAUGCCACCAUGAGGACUUACAGCACAUUGGGAAUGCCCAGAAUUGGGCAUUCCCAAUUGUGAAAUAAAAGUGGGGGGAUAGAUUAACCACUUUAGGCUAACCCAGCAGGGUUGUUACAAUAUUCUAUUUUCCUGCCUUUUUAAUUGAAGGUAAACUGUAAAUAUAUCUCCCACUGUUGAAAUUAUGAAUUUAGCAUUUUUUUCAUGCUAUGAUUAAUAAUCUAAGAGCAUUGUAAAAUGCAGCAAACACAGUAGUGAUCUACCGUGCACAUGUGACAAGAUUGGCAAAUGUGAUAUCCUCUGUGAGGAUUUUAUUUAGUUAUGGAUAACAGUGUAUCAAUGUGCUAAAACUGUAAGACCCUCAAUACAUCUGUAAAUUAUCAUUUAUUUUCUGAGGUAAUUAUGUAACAUAAUAUAAUCAUUAUAUAAAGAAUGAAUAUAUAGAGAAUUCCUCCGGCUUGUAGAUAGUUUUUGAGACUCCAUAAAUAAAUUGCUAAGAGCAAAAUCACUUUGCAUGUGCUGAUCAAUUACUCCCAAUUCAUCAGAUUUUAUUUAUUUUUUUAUCCCUUUUUUCCCUCAAUUUGGAAUGCCCAAUACCCACUACUUAGUAGGUCAUUGUGGUGGCGUGGUUACUCACCUCAAUCUGGGUGGCAGAGGACAAGUCUCAGUUGCCUCCGCUUCUGAGACAGUCAAUCUGCACUUCUUAUCACAUGGCUCGUUGUGCAUGACACCACGGAGACUCAACUUACCACGUGCCCCAUUGAGAGCGAGAACCACUAAUUGUGACCACCAGGAGGUUACCCCCAUGUGACUCUACCUACCCUAGCAACCGGGCCAAUUUAGUUGCUUAGGAAACCUGGCUGGAUUCACUCAUUCGUCAAUAUUCGCUGAGCUACCCAGGCCCCAAUUCAUCAGAUUUUUUAAUUUAGCCAUGUUUAUUCAUUACAUGAUGCAUUGAAAGCAAAUUCAUCUUAUUCCUUGUUGAUGCAAACCCAAGAGAUAAGAAUUAUGGAAGAACACUAAUUGCAUAAUUAAGAUUAGUUAAAUGCUUAUAAAAACUUUCAGAACAUAAACUGGAAAUGUAUUCCCUGCUUGCGGGAUCAUCAGUUUUCAACUUUCAGUGGUGAUUUUUGGGUUGUUUGGACAACUUGCAAUUCAGCUGUCACUGCAUUAUGGUAAAUUUAACCUUCAGAGACAAAUCCUUAGUAUCUGUUUUAGUGGGAAAAAAAACUGAUAUCAAUAUGUCUGAUGGAUUCUGUAAAAUUGAUAGGGGCCUAAUUGUAUUCAGUAAAUAUGUAAAAAGGUACCUGAUGUGAAUCUUAAUCUAAUUUGCUAUAACCCUUCUCAAAUCAGAUUAGCAGGUUAAAAUGAUGCAUUUAGUAUACCAUUGGCUAGCCUUUUAACCAUGAGCAUAUAGUGCAGGCUAACAAACACUGAUAAAGUUGAAUCAGUUACCAAUCAAAACGUAUGAUAUGCGUGUAUAGAGUUGUGUUCAUUAGAAGGUGCUGCUGUUUUUGCCAUAUUAAAAAACACCAGCUUGGGUGCAACCAAUUUUGAAUUAUUUUUUAUCCUUCAAUAGCAAACAUUUUAAUUUUGUGCUUCUUCUAAGAUGCAACUCUAGGGGUCAAAAUGUUAUUCUUCUAAUUAGCACCAUCUUAUAAUGAGUAUUCUUAUCAAUAAAAUUGAUUUUCACUUAAUCAGGAAAUUGACUGAGUUGAUAUUGCGGGCAUAACCUUCUUUGAUUUUCUUUGACUGUCAAGUACAAAAAACAAAUGUUCAGCAGGUCAACAUUCAUUAAAAUGCAGACGGCUGCAUUUCGUUUU